AGCUGGAGGAAGGAGCAUGCGCGGAAGCUCUUAAGCGUGUGAGGUGAGGGUACGGCUCCCGGGCUAUGGCGGAGGAGCAAGGCCAAGAUGAGGACCUGGGUCCUAAACCGUCCGUGCUGUUUCUGCACCCGGACCUGGGUGUGGGCGGCGCCGAGCGGCUGGUUGUGGACGCAGCGCUGGCGCUGCGGGCGCGCAGAUGUAGCGUGAAGAUCUGGACGGCGCACUACGACCCCGGCCACUGUUUCGCGGAGAGCCGCGAGCUGCCGGUGCGCUGCGCCGGGGACUGGCUGCCUCGCAGCCUGGGCUGGGGCGGCCGCGGCGCCGCGAUCUGCGCCUACGUGCGCAUGAUCUUCCUGGCUCUGUACGUGCUGUUCCUUGGCGACGAGGAGUUCGACGUGGUAGUGUGCGACCAGGUGUCUGCCUGUAUCCCAGUGUUCAAGCUGGCCAGACGGCGUAAGAAAAUCCUGUUUUACUGUCACUUCCCAGAUCUGCUUCUCACCAGGAGAGAUUCUUUUAUUAAACGCCUAUACAGGGCCCCAAUUGACUGGGUAGAGGAGUACACCACAGGCAUGGCAGACUGCAUCUUGGUCAACAGCCGGUUCACAGCUGCCAUUUUUAAGGAAACGUUCAAGUCCCUGUCUCACAUAGACCCCGAUGUCCUCUACCCAUCUCUGAAUAUCACCAGCUUUGAUUCAGCUGUUCUUGAAAAGCUUGAUGACAUAGUCCCCAAGGAGAAAAAAUUCAUACUCCUCUCCAUCAACAGAUAUGAAAGGAAGAAAAAUCUGACUUUGGCACUAGAAGCCCUAGUAAAGCUGCGUGGAAGAUUGUCAUCCCAAGAUUGGGGCAAAGUUCAUCUGAUCAUUGCAGGUGGUUAUGAUGAGAGAGUCCUGGAGAAUGUACAACACUACCAGGAAUUGAAGAAAAUGGUCCAGCAGUCUGACCUAGGCCAGUACGUGACUUUCCUUCGGUCUUGCUCGGACAAACAGAAAAUCUCACUCCUCCACGGCUGCACGUGUGUGCUUUACACACCAAGCAAUGAGCACUUUGGCAUCGUUCCCUUGGAGGCCAUGUACAUGCAGUGCCCAGUCAUUGCUGUUAAUUCAGGCGGGCCCUUGGAGUCCAUUGUCCACAGUGUCACAGGGUUUCUGUGUGAGCCUGACCCAGUUGACUUCUCAGAAGCAAUAGAAAGGUUCAUCCAUGAACCUUCCUUAAAGGCCACAAUGGGACUGGCCGGAAGAGCCAGGGUGAAAGAGAAGUUUUCCCCUGAAGCAUUUACAGAACAGCUUUACCAAUAUGUCACCAAACUGCUGGUAUAAUCAGAUUUUUUUCAGGUCUUUAUGCUGUAUUCAUUAAUGUCACAUUUGUAGAUUGUUGACCCAGUUUUGAAACCAAAGAAAAAAAGCCUAGUAUCUAGGGCAGAAGAGAUUUUUUUUUUUUAACAUACUUGAAUCUUGAAUCUGAAUCACCUUCCUGUACCCCAUAUCUCCCAGUCUGCUUUUUUAGAAAAAAAUAGUAUCUUUUAGGCUGUAAUAAUUCUGAGUCUUACCAGUGUUGAUUAAGAUGUAAAUAUGGUACAAUUUCACAU